AUGUACACCUUUUGGGUGUCCAACAGGAAGACAAUCAACCGAAUAGUGGAGUUCAUGAAGCUUGAUCAAGGCCCGAAGAAGACCGUCAUCGAGGCAUGGGCCGGUGCCGGCACUGUGACCAACGCGCUGGUGCGGCAUCCUUCGGUAGAAAAAGUCAUCGCACUCGAAGACAGCACGUUUUACGGCUCCUGGCUGAAGCGGCUUCCCGAAGAUAGCCCCGGCUUUGACUCAUCAAAGCUCAUCCACUUACCACUCUCCGGGUUCAAAUGGGAAACGUACACAUCCAUAUACCACCAAGGCGCACUCGACCAUCUGAGCGAAGAUCUCAAGAUCCCUCGCAGCCACCAUGACGCCGAUUGGCAAGCAGACAGCCCACUUGUCUUCUUUGCUCAUCUGCCCAAUUCAGUGCACGGCGAGCUCCUCUUUGCACAGCUCACCGCUGCCAUCGCCACUCGCUCUUGGCUAUUCCAGCUAGGGCGCGUUAAAUUGUGCUUCGUCUGCUCCGAAUCGAUGGUCCGCCGCAUCCUCUCGCAGCCGGGCGACACGACGAACCGGUCCAAGAUCGGGACGAUCGCGCAGUGCAUGACAGACAUCGAGUGGCACAUACCAGGACACGAGCUGCUACCUUUCAAGGACCACGUCUACCCGCCGACCGGUAUCAUCGGCUUGCGGCUGACGCUGGGAAGUUCGUACGGCAUCCCCAACGAAAAUGUCGCGACCGGCGUCGGAAAACAGGCGCUCAGCUUUGUUACGCUCGAGCCAAAAAAACAGCCAUUGGUUGAGAGGGAGGUCUUCGAAGCGAUGGAUUACCUUAUGCGCAAGCUGUACGUCCUCAAGGCCAAGCCUGUGCACGAGGCGCUCAAGACUGCUGCACCCGGUGCGAAUGAUAUCCUCAAGCGCCUGAGCAAAGAGAAUCCUGAGCUUGCGCGUGAUGAAGACGAAACCAUUGACCCAUCGACUCCGGUCUACUGCCUCACCAACAAGCAGUGGGUGGCCUUGGCGCGCGCGUUUGAGAUAUGGCCCUUCAGGCCUCAAAUCCUCAUUGAAGAGGGCUUACUGCCAGAUGUUGAGCGAAAGGUGUAG